AUGUUUAAACGUUCCAUCAUUCAACAAUCCCGCUUAUUAUCCAAUUCUGUACCUAGAUUGGGUAAGAAGGUGUUCUUCGACCCCGCCGUCAAUGGAACCAAAAUUGGCAGAAUAGAAUUUGAAUUAUAUGAUAAUGUGGUUCCUAAAACUGCGGAAAAUUUUAGAGCCUUGUGUACUGGCGAAAAGGGCUGGGGCUACAAAGGUGUGCCUUUCCACAGAAUCAUUCCCGACUUCAUGAUCCAAGGUGGUGACACUGAUUUGACCAAUGGUUUUGGGGGCAAAUCCAUUUACGGUUCCAAGUUCGCUGACGAAAACUUUGUCAAAAAGCAUGACAAAGCUGGCCUACUAUCCAUGGCAAAUGCCGGACCAAACACCAACGGGUCUCAGUUCUUCAUCACCACUGUGCCUUGUCCAUGGUUAGAUGGAAAGCACGUUGUCUUUGGUGAAGUAACCAAAGGUAUGGACAUUGUCAAGACAAUCGAAUCAUACGGUACUGCUUCUGGUAAACCAAGAGCUGAAAUCGUUGUCGAGGAAGCCGGGGAGUUAUGA